AUGCAGUACAAUAAGGCGUUUGCGAUUAAGAAAGGGUUUAUUCAACCUAUCACAAAAACCAUAGAAACUACAAAAACUCUCAAAGAGGAAUGUUUUAAUAUUGUUUUAACCAAAGGUAUUAAUCUAUACGCGAAUGAACAAUAUGUCGAUAAAUAUUGA